GUUUGGUUUCGCAAUUUGGGAUGCUUUGGUUUUGUUUGUUUGUGUUUAUCGUUGUUAUUUUCCUAGAAAAUCUUGAUGCGCUUCUAAGAAACACUUGCUUUUGUUUUUCCACUUUGAGAAACAGAUCUCCCCCCUCUCUCUCUCUCUUGAUUACCAAAGUACAGUUUAAACAUCUGGGUAUCAAUUUUGUCCUUGUCUUCUGCAAGUCUCAGAAUCAAAACCCAUUUUUCCUCUGCAGCAGAGAAAAGCGUUGUUUGUAGGUGUUUUGACCCGUUUUAAUGGUCUUUUUUUUUUUUUUUUCCUUCUGAGGGAACUUUUCUUCUCAGUUCUGUGGCAUUGACUGGUCUUUGGGGUCUCUGAGUUUUUAGAUUGUCCAUUGAAAAUCAGAGCUUUGCGUUGGUUUCUCUGAGAAUACAAAAAAGAAAAGGUUCCUUUUAAGGAAAAGGAGUCUCCUUUUCGGUCAAUGCCUUUCAUGCACAACUUGCUUCAUUUUUUGUUUGGUUGCUGAGAAAACCGAGAAACGGAAAAGAAACCACAGUCUUCAGUCUCAAGUCUCAUGUAUUCUGAUGCUUUGAUUUAUUUAUUUAUUUAUUUUAUUGAAGAACCCACCUUGACCGAGCCAAAAUCAUUGUGUGUAACUCAAUUGGGUGGGGUUAUUCUCUCCUCUUGGGCCCAAAUUUAUGGAAAACCAUCUCCUUUCUUUCCCCACAUUUUCUCACCAACCAAACAGCAGUUCUUUUUUCCUCUUUUUUUCUUGAACUUCCCUUGUUGCAUUUUGGAGCUGGGUUUGAUUGUAUUGAAGAAUAACUGAAAUGGAUGGAGAUAUAUUUUCAGGCAUUGGUAAUGGAACCCAAGUAGAUACCAAAGUACUCCAGACAUUUCACAAGAGCUUUGUUCAAGUACAGAACCUCUUAGACCAAAAUAGAUUGCUAAUCAAUGAGAUUAACCAAAACCAUGAGUCGAAAAUCCCCGAUAAUUUGAACCGAAAUGUAGGCCUCAUCCGGGAGCUUAACAACAACAUUCGACGGGUCGUUGAUCUCUACUCAGACCUCUCAAGCUCCUUUGCCAAAUCCGUGGAAGCUUCAUCAGAAGCCGAGUCAGCCGGAACUUUGAAAUCCGACGGCAAAGCCAGCCAGAAGAGAAUUCGAUAUGGGUAACUCAUCAAAUUGAAUCAUCCCUAUAAAUUCUGCACUUUUUCAUAGUCAGAAAAAAAAAAGGAAAAAAAAAAAGAAAAAAGAAAAAAAAGAGAUGGUCAGUAGUCAGAUAGAAGAAUUGAUAAUAUUGUGCAACUGCUUAUCUGUGAUUUGUACUUCAACUUUGCCUUAAUUCUCACAAAAUUUCUUUGGGAAUAACAGUUUGAUUGGUCUGCCAUUUUAUAUAUCUUGAUGUGUCUAUGGAUUCUACUGA